GGAAUCAGUCUUCACUGAAAGCAAGGACUCUUCUAUCCCAAAGGCUUACAGAGCUUCUUCCAACCCAUCAUGGGGGAUACUAAGCUCUGCCUUUUGCUGCUGCUAGGCACCUAUGCUUUGGCCCGUAAGUACAGCGCAAUUUACACAUUGUUUUUGAGGUCCAUUUUUAAUACAUGCUUUUCAUUCGUUUUGGUAGUUUUGUGCUACAAGCAUCCAGUUGUGUUGAAAUAGGUCUACAUUUAACAAGAGACAAUGUAACUAAUUCUGGGUAGCUUACUUAUACUUUUUUAAAUUGUCAUUGACAUAUAGGCCUAUAAUGAAAAUAUGCAGAUACUCUGAAUACAUUUUACAGACAGACAAUAGCUGUAAUGGAUGAUAUUCUGUGCACUGGUAUUUCAUAACUUCCUAAUCCUUUUUUCAUUUUCAUUAUUCACAGAGCAAGAUAUUGGGAAUUCCGAGGGACAAUCUCCAACUUGUCUCUGUAAGUUCGUUUUUUCUUUAUUUAAAUGUUAGAUGAAGGUAUUCUUCCAGUAGAUAAUGGUCUCUAGGGAAAACGGGUUUUCAACUAGUUAGCUUCAAAACUAAAAGAGUUGCAAAAUGUCAACGAGAAGAGAGGAGGAUUCAGGGGAUUUUGUUUUAGCUCAGGAUUACAAUGAAAAUACGUAUUCUUCCAGACUCCAGUCGAAAACCGUAGAGGAAUAAGCAAAUCUUUGUUAUAAUGUUUACUCCUUGUAGCCUACUCACAAGAACUCAAGGGAUCAUUGCUAAAAUUCACCUAGGCCAACUGAACUUGCACUGGUCAGCUGAAAUGUGUGACUUUGAACUCUUAUGAUGAUAUCACCGUUCAGUAUCAGGUUGACUUUGCUAGCUAAUAUACUAAGCGAGUAGAUUCGAUACAACAAUGAUAUGGAUUUUUUGUGGAUUAGGUUAUACUUAAUUUGCAAACAUUUAAAAAGAGUGAAUGGGACAGGACAAAACUUCUGCUUAGCUUUCUCUCUGGUAAAAUUCUGAUAAUUCGCGCACACUAAUUCAGCUGUCAUCAGAACCCAAAACAGGAUAUCAAACAAAAAGGAGAGUGAUUUUGUGAGAAGUUAUCACUGCUUGUUAUAACCAUAGAGGAAUAGGCAAAUCUUUGUUACAACUCCUUGUAGCCUAGGACACACAACAACUAUAGGGAACAUUACUUCACCUAGGCCUACUCAAUUUGCACUGGUCUCAGCCAGAAAUGUGUGACUUUGAACUCUAUGAUGAGAUCAUCGAUCAGUGUCAUGUUGACUUGCCAGCAUCCUUAUACAAAAGUCAACACUAUCCAUUUUAUCAUGCGAAAGGUAGAGUCCAAAACUCCUUAUCUCACUAGAGAUUAGAUGUCUUUCAACAUAACAUGUCCAUAUGUAUUGCUCCCCUCUUGCUAAUAAAUUUAAUUGCAACGUUAGUCAUUUAUGCCCCCUUAUUUUUAGUGGCAAAGAGGUUCAAGAACUUCAGAAGAUUUCUGUACCAGUACGAAGCAGAGACCCUUAAUGGCGUAAAUGGAGCUACCAACCUCAAGAAUGGCCCUAAAGUCACCUGCAAGGUACGUGACAGGCAACUGAGCCCAGAGCCCUCCAGCAACUCUUCCGUGCUCUCACUCAACUUCCAUUCCUCCCUUACAGAAGCGGACAUUAAAGGGACAGUCCUCUGACCGAUCAUUUUCUUCUUCUUCUCACAGGUCGAAAUCGAUGUGCCCCAAACAUGCAGUUUCAUCCUGCGCACCACAGAGUGUGCCCUGAGCGAGGUCGUUGACGUCGACGCAGAAGGUUCCGCUGUGUUCGCGCCCGCUGCUGGUGCUGAGGCUUUCCAGACUGCCAUGGCGAAGUACGUUAUCACGUCACUUUUUUCCCACAGUGAUUUAUAGUACAUUUUCUGUUGCUUGAUAACCCUUGAUGGCAGAAUAAGAGUAUACUUAGCACGCUCUGAUGAAGGUUUGACGAACGAAAGCUCAGCGUUAAUAAAUAGAAAAUUGUGCAUUGAUCCUGAAUGUGCGGAGAUACCUUUUCAUUUCAAAAUAAGAGUAUACGAAAUAAGUAGUUACUAAGAUGAUCACCCCUUUCUUGUCCAGGAACACCCUGAAGGUCAUGGUUGAGGGACAGACAGGUGUGAAACUCUUCCCUGAGGAGGAUGAGACCACCACCAUCUUAAACAUCAAGAGGGGAAUUGUCUCUGCCCUUAUCGUGCCUGCUUUGGAGGAAGAGAAAAACAAGGACAUGGUAACCAUGGCAAUUUCCUCACCUGCAAGCUCACAGCCAAUUAGUCAGUGACGUGACAUAACAGUCAUCAGGUCCAUAGAGGUCUGGGUCAUCGAGGCAAUUUGAUUUUGUUUGUGAUGUAUCAAGAUACAAAUGGCAUAAUAAAGAGAUAAGAUGCCCCUAUCUAUGGUGGUAAAUACCAAACAACCAGUUGUUAGAAUGACUACCUAGAAUGAACGCACCGUAGAUAAAGCUGCAGGUCAAAGUCCUUGAUAGCUUACUCUCAAAACUGUGUGUCUCCAUCUGUGGUCUAUCUAUCUUAUUGAAUCUAGAUCUAUAAUCUGUAGAUAUCCUUCUUGGUACCAGACAUGUGACAUAGAAUCACAGAUACCAAAGUAUAUUGUGUUAACCUAAUAAUCGAAAUGGAUGUGUGUUCAUCAUUCACUCUAACAAAAACUCUCUCAACAUUCAGGCCACCCUUCAUGGAGUCUGUGGCACCAACUUUGCUGUCAAUGCCAGGGAAGACAUCGCCACUGAUGUCACCGUCACCAGGGACCUGUCCAAAUGCGAUAGCUUCGUUGCCCAGAGGGACCACACCAGCCCCCUGGCUAUCAUCUCUGGGAUGGUAAGAAGGGGGGGGAAUUGUAAAAAUAAAUGGUGAUCAUUUACAAAAAAACAAUUGGUCAUUCUUCGAUUAAGCAUUACAUUUGAAUAGAAUAUAAUUGUUUUAUUCAUUUACACCAGAGAUCAUCAACUAGAUUCAGCUGCGGGCCAAUUUUUUCUUGAGCGGAUGGUCAGGGGGCCCAAACAUAAUUACAAAUAAUUUGUAGACUGCAAAUUGGCCACAAGAAGCUCAAACAGAUAUAAUAUUUGACUAAAACCAUUGCUUACAUUUGUAUACGAUAAUAAUCAUUGCUUACAUUUAUAUACAAACAUUGGAACAGAGUUCCCAAAUUAAAAUCACUCGGGGUGAUUUGCUGGUGUUUUUAGUCUUUUAAGUCCAACAAUUAAAAAAUAUAUAACUAACUUUUAUUUUGUUACUUGGGGGGGAUAAAUUAAAUCACGGCAGUUGGGGAACCCUGAUUUACACCAUAAACCCAUCAUGAUUAUUGUUCCUGACAAAGCGUUUGAUUGUGCUUCCCUGUCAACAGCAAUACCCACUGUCCAAGCUGAUCAGCAGCACCCAGACUUGCAACUACAAGUUUGACAACCAGAAGAAGCACAUGACUGCUGGAUCCUGCACUGAGAAGCACAUCUUCCUGCCUUUCUCCCACCAGUAAAUCCAGACAACUUCAAAAUCUGUUUAAUCCUAUGAAUAGAAUACUGAGUCUUCAAUGACGUUAGCCCAGAUUUGAUCCUGGCCAGUUUAACAUUCGUCACGUUCUUCCAUCCUCUUCCUAAAUGCAGGACUGAGUAUGGAGUGUCAACACUGGUCAAACAGACUUUGACUCUCCUGGAGACUAGCAAGAUCAACGAAAGAGUUUUCAACCACAGUAAGAAUUUCAUUUUUCUGUUCCUUUUACUUUUCAACCUUUUGAAAAAAAAACAGGACAAAAAUCUGCUUUUACCAAACUGAUAAACAGAAUGUGUACUGUACCAGGCGGCCUUUACAGAAUUACCUUGAAAACGAAAUAUGUUCUAUCUUACUCUCUAAAGAUGAGGCCAACCUCAAGGGUCUACCCAUGGAGGCUGCUGAGGACAAAGCUGCUGUCCAGACAGCAGAUGUCGCUCUUGCCACCCUGAGGGAACUGAGCAUCCUGUCCAAGACCAACCAGGGCCACCAGCGUGCCAGCACCUUCCAGAGACUCGUGGCUGAGCUCCGUGGACUGAAGGGUGAGACUAUGAGCCCCGCCGUCCCUGAGAUGGUGUCGGUAUCGGACGCCCUGACCUGGCAGGCCCUGGCCCAGUGCGGUACCCCUGAGUGUAGCAGCGCCAUGCUCCAGCAUCUCAGGACCUUCGAGCCUGAAGCUAUGGAGGUCGACGCCGCCGUCUAUGCCCUGGGACUCCUGCCCAACCCCUCCCGCCUCCUGGUCAAAGACAUGCUCAGCAUGGCUCAGUACAAACAGAGCAAGCCCAUCAUGUUUGCUUUAGGCAACGUCGUCAGAAAGUAAGUCCAAAAUGUAUGCUCUACUUGGUUAUUGACUGACAGACAAUGACUGACGUUUUCAGUUUAGUUUAAUAAACAUUGUGGUCCAAAUGUUCAUUGCCACCCUCUUGCUUUGUGUUACUAGGCUCUACCAGGCUGAGGGCAAAGUCACCCCCGAGAUCGCUGCUGUGUCGGAGUUCCUUGCCUCCCUUUUGGGUGCUGAUUGUGCUGGAGAAAAGGAGCUGACUUUCCUGACCCUGAGGGUAUGUUGUCACCUGUUGCUCAACCAAUCAGCUUCUUCUUCCCACCUAAUCACAUGACAUGGAAAGCUUGACUUCAUUGACUGCUUAUCUGACUCUCUCUUUAUUUGUAAUGGCGUCCAGAUUAUUGGCAACAUAGGAGAAGCCAUGGAGGCCGCUGACGCCACAGUGAAGACCACCCUGCUGAAGUGCAUGAGACAGCCCACCACAACCCUGCAGGUCCAGCUUGCUGCCAUCCAGGCCUUCAGACGCAUGUCUGUGACUGAUGAGGUAAACUAUAUGCAAACUCCAAAAUGAACUUGAAGAACAAAAACCUGGGCCUGUACUCAAAAAGUCAGAGUAGGAGUAAUGAUCUAGGAUCAGGUCCCCCCUAUCAAUAUAAUGUUUUUCAUUAUGAUCUAAAAAGACAAGCUGAUCCUAUAUCAGCACUCCUACUCUGAGACUUUGUGAAUAAGGGCCCUGCACUGCUAUGCUGUGGCACACAAUCUCCUUUCAAGAAUACCUUGACUAAUUAGCUGCCAUUUUGUUUUCCUUUCCAGGUGCGCUCUAACCUCCAGAGGGUGAGCUCAUAUGCUAAGGGUGCCGUGCAGAAGAGACUGGCAGCCUACCUGAUUCUGAUGAGGACACCUGAGGCAAGUGACCUGGAGCUGGUGAAGAAAAUACUGAAGGCGUCGAUGCAGGAGCAGAAACCAGACGUCCAGGAGCAGAAUGCGCAGGUCAAGGCCUUCGUGACCUCUCACAUCUACAACAUCAUCCACUCCAAUGACCCAGAGACCAUAAAGUAUGUAUAAAUAUAAUCUGAAACAGACUUCGUCAUAAUAUUAUACAAAAAGUAAAGUAUCUAGUAUUAGUACUGUUCCUUAAUAUUCCAUAAUCCUAAUCUCCAUAUUCUUUACUUUUCUACUCAGGCUGGGCGAAAAGAUCCUUGAUGUCCUUGCUGACCCUACCAUUGCAACCACUCAUGGUGACUACACUACUAUGUCUCGCAACUACAAGAUGGAUGCUGCCAUGAACAACAUAAAGACCAGCAUGCAAGGAAAUAUGAUCUUUGAUCCCACCAGCCAACUGCCCAAGGAGAUCAUGCUUGAGACUACCCUAAAGGCUUUCGGCUAUAACAUGGACAUGUGGGAGGUAUGUAAUAACAGAAAUAUGUUUUUAUGUCUAGUAAUCCAUAAUAACAGGUUUGUAGUGGGAUUUUGUUAUAUCCAAUCUGCAUUGCAUCGACCAUUCAUUGUUUUGUUUUUCUAUAGAUUGGCAUGGAGGGAAAAGAGUUUGAGCCAACCGUUGAGGCUCUGUUCGGAAAGAAUGGGUUCUUCCCCGACACCAUAUCCAAGGCUAUGUACUGGGCUGGAGACAAGAUGCCAGACCAGGUGAACGAGGUUCUGAAGAACUUCGCUGCCCCCUUGAAGAAUGAGAAAACGAAGGUGCUUACCACACAUCUUGUAAAAAAAAAAGUUAUUACAUUCAGUUUGCAUUAUUUGAUCAUUAACUGUGUGUAAAUGUUACUAUUGCCAUUGUUAACUCUUUUCAAAUAUUUUCUUCAGGUCCCAGAGAACAUCAUGAGGGAGAUUAUCCGCAACUUCAACAAGCUGGCGAAGGACCUGCAGGCUCAGGAGUCCCCUGAAGCCAUGGCCUAUCUGAGGAUCAUGGGAACUGAGCUUGGAUACAUCAAGGGCAGCGAGCUGAAGGGCAUCGCCCAAUACGCAGCCAUGUACGCUGAGAUCCUCCUCAAGGACAUACCCACAAAGGUAAUUCACAUGUAUACAUCUAUGUGUACCUCCAAGUGUGAAGAGCCCUCUUGUUUUAUUUCCUGCUAAGAACAAUUUAAUGUUUACAACAUUUAUCAAGAAUGAAUGACUUUUAAGUUGCUUUGGAUAACAGCAUCUGCUAAAUGGUAUAUAUUAUAUUUAUUUAUUAUUAUGGCAUUGAUUUAAUUUUUUUCCUGGGUUUAGUUCAUGCAGAAGAUGGUGGCAGGCACUGACAAUGAAGUGUUCGUCCAUUACAUCUUCAUGGACAACAAGUUCUCCCUGUCAACUGCCUCUGGCUUUCCUCUGAAGUUCUCUCUGUCUGGUACCUUUGCUCCUGGAGCUAAGGGAGGCCUCCGCUUUCACCGCAACAUGGUAAAUAUCCCACUCUCUGUUCUCUUCUAUCUUACUGCGCUCAAACAACAUUCUUUCACAAUAUUCUAAUUAUGAAAACUAAGUAUGAAACAGUAGAUUUCAUAUUAUUAAUACAUUUGUAUCGAAUUGUUUGUAAAAAAUGUUAAACAUUCUCAAGCAUUUAUAACAUUUGUAAUAAUAAUAUAUGAAACAUUUAUAAUAUAUGAAGGCAUUUAUACAUAUAACAGAGUUUUCUAAUGUGCCUCUCACUGCUAUUUUUUAACAGCAGGAAGUGUCCUUCAUGCCCUCUGUGGGAGUGGAGUUUGUGACCCAGAUGGGAGUACACAUCCCAGAGUUUACCAGCUCCGCUGUGGAGAUGCACACCAACAUGUACCACGAAAGCGCAGUCAACGCCAAGAUCACCAUGGACCAGAACCAGAUCAAGCUGAGUAUCCCUGCUCCUCAGGGCUCAACCCAGCUCUUCAGAGUCAGGUAAAAAAAAUAAAAAUACUGUCCUAUGUACAUCAAAAACAAUUGAGUAAAUGUAUCAAAAGUCACAUAAUUUGUUAUUUCUUUUUGUUAUUUUGCACCUCUUCAACAACAGCAACAGAAUGCUGACAGUGACCUCUGGUCAGGCUACUCUGAUCCCCCCCAUGGAUGAGGGCAGGACCAACGUCGUGAACUGCAGCCCUCUCUUCUCUGGAGUGAAGUACUGCACCACCGUCCGUUACAACAUCGCUGGUGACAACGCUGCCGCUCCCUAUUUCCCUCUCAACGGAGAGACUAAGUAAGGACAACAUUUGAGGGAGUUUGGAUGUGUUUAUAGAAGGAAAUUGCUAAUGCACCAUAUUUGAAGAUCAAACUAGCAUCAUACUGAACAACAGUCUCUCUGUCCUAGGUUUGCUCUUGAUAUCCAGCCCACUGGCGAGGUCUCUGAGUACACCGCCACCUUCGCCUAUGACCUCCUCAGCGAGGGCAAGGAGGGACGCCAGAAGGUUGACACCAUGAGGAUGACACUGAGAGCAGAGGGUAGGAACAUCUCUGUCCAAGCACUACAUUUCCCAUGGUUCAUACUGUUUGGUAUGAAUCAGCUUUAUGAAUCAGUGGUUUAAAUCAACUCACUCUCUGCCUCCUUGUUUACCUAGGUGCUAAACCCACUGAGGCCACCGCCACCAUGAAGUACAACAGGAACAGGAACGUCCUGACCACCAACGUCCAGAUCCCCGACUAUGAUGUGGAGGCUGGAAUCAGGAUUGGUCUUACCGACAGCAGAGCCAAUGGAAAGUCUAUCACCAUCGACAUCACCAACAAGAACAUCCCUCAGCUGUCUCUAAUUGGCCGCGCCAAGUAAGUAAACGCAAAAGCCCUCCCCAUUAGCCACAUUCAUUUGUCUGUGUCUUCAUAGAUCAGCACAUGUUGGAAAUUAAUUGAAUCACUAAGAGAUUCUGAUGGUUUUCUUUCCUCCAGGCUUGAGGCCAUGACCGACAGUAUGCUGCAGGUCCAGCUGGUUGUCCCUGCCCUCAAGACUGACGCAGCUAUCACUGCCACUAUGAAGAGUGCAGAGGAACUCACCCUGGAGCUCAGGAGCGACAUCAAGCUCCCCAAGACCACCUCCAUUCAGGGAGUCAUCUUCAAAUACAGUAUGCUAAUUCUACAAAUUCAUAACACACCAUUGUGUAGGGAGGAGGUUGAUCUUUAUGUGGUAUGUUUAUUUGACUUGUAUGCAAUGGACAUAAUGUUCAAAGUUAUAUGUACUAAUAAUACAACAUGUUUUCCUUUUAGAUGAGAACAAGGUUGAGGUUCAGCUGGUGUCCGACAUGGGCUCUGAGAUCCAGAAGCUCAUCCCUCAUACCGAAGCCCUCCAGGCAUGGCUGAAGCAGCUCUCUGAGGACAUCCUGGACAAGCAGGUGGUCAACACCGACAUGAAACUGCGUCACAUCUUCACCAAGUCUCUUGAGGUAAGACAACACCCAAAUACUUUUCGUACAGUCUCCUCAAUUCUUUCCAUGUUUUAUUCUUCCAUAGAAGUCAAACCAAUGGUGGCAGAUCAACACAUAACAAAAUUGUUUUUUAACAGGCCGGCAACAAUUGGAUGAACAAAAUCACCUUUGAUGUUCCCAUGGUUAAGACACUGAAGGACAACAUGCCAGAGCUGGCAAUGCCCGCUAUGCCCGAAAGACUGUUCCUGAAAUCGUAAGUACAUCUGAAAGCAGUAAACUAUUUUGGGGUCUCUUUUUAUAGAGCCUAUUAAUCUUCUAUGUGAUGUCAGUGUCCAAAAAAAGUAAAUCCAUAGACAUCUCAUUAUUUCAUUCCUUCAACAGUGAGGGCACAUUCAAAUACCAGUUCAACAAGGACCGUGUCACCAUCACCAUCCCCAUGCCACUCGGAGGAAAGUCAUCUGAGGAGCUGAGGAUUCCUGCCAUGCUGACCACCCCACAUCUGUCUGUGCCCCAGGUCGGUCUGGAGCUUGCCUCCAAGGAGGUCAAGGUCCCCACCUUCUCCAUCCCCAACGACUACGAGCUCACUGUGCCACUCUUUGGAAUGGUUGAAGUGUCUGCUAAGGUGAACAGCAACUACUACAACUGGGAGGGAAUGGUCUCCGGUGGCAACAACUCUGUGGAGUCCCCCAGCUACAUUGCCAAGUUUAAGGUGGUGGCUGACAGUCCCAUUGAACUCCUCGCUUUCACAUCUGAAGGUAAACCUUUUCUCUCAACUUCUUUUUACCUUUUUGAUGUUAUAACCUUAUCAAAAGCAUAUAUAGUAGUUCAUUGAACUUCCUAAUCAGAAAUGUUUAGUAGUUUUACAGAUUGCCGUAUUAUCAUGUUUGGAGGGGAGAAACAUGUUACAUUAUAACUUCAAAUUAGAUCAUACAAUAUAACUGACCUUGAGUCAUUUUGACUGAUUUACCUUGUGUAUACUAUAGUGACUUCAUGUCCCUUGUUUUGUCUCAUUACAGGAACAGCCUUCAUCACUGACAUGCCAGAAGACUCUCUGAAUGCUAUUUUGAAUGGUUCCCUGAGCCACAAGCUCAUUGACACCAGCUUUGAGGUAAUGGAAACCGUCAGUAUGUCAGACAAAGUGAGAGCCACAGGCAACCACAAGAUUCAGGUCUUCAGCCCUCUGGGUCUGCAGACGUCCCUGGACAUCACUUCCCAGGCCUCCCUGGCCUCUGACAUGCUCAUUGGAGAUGCUAACAUGGAUGGAAGUGUAACCCUUGGAUCAGUGACCGCCAGCACCACCUAUUCCCAGUCUUUCUCUUUCGAACCCAUGAAGAAAGAAGCCAGAGCAGAGUCCACACUUAGGGUGAACUCCCCAAUCCUGGAGAUUAUCAACAAGCUCAAGGCCGGCUAUGCUAAUGAGCAGCUUCUGAUUGAGUCCAACACCAACCUGAACAACGACCCCAUUAAGCACACCACCAAGUUUAGCAUCGGCUACAAGGAGGCCCAGCUGACCAUCCAGUCCGACUCUGUGACCAAGGCUGAAGAGAAAAUGAUCCGCAGCCAAGUGGACUUCACUGCCUCCAGGGAUGAAGCCAUCAUCAGGGUAGAGAACCAGGCUGAUGAUACCGAGAACCGUGCCUACUCUCUGCUCUCCGGAGCCCUGAACCCCACCAGUCUGGAGAUCAAUGCAGAUGCUUCCGUCAACGUCCUCGGCAGCCGCGCCUCCCACAAGGCUGCUCUAACGCUGAGCCAGGAAGGUCUAGCAACAAGUGCCACCACCACCGCCCAAAGCAGCCCCAUAACCUUUGAGAAUGUCUUCAAUGGUGGAGUCGAUACCACCAGGGCCCAUGUGUCCAUCAACACCAAGGGAGCCUUUAAGGAGAACACCGCCGAGCUCAACUUGGAGGGGAAAGUGGCAAGCUCUGAGGUCUACCUAAACAGCAUGUUCAAGGGAAAUCUCUUCGAUGCCAACACCAUGAACAGAGUGAACCUGAAGGUGAACGAAGACGGUCUGGACCUCACCAACAAGCUGGUCGCUGAACUGUAUCAGAUGGAGACUGAGAACACACACACCCUGACUCUCACUCUCAAAUCCCUGGCCCUCCGCUCUAAGACCGAGAACUUAUUCAACAAGGAGAACACCUACAAGCACGACAUCUCUGUCGACAUUCAGCGCUCGGGCGUUGCUGUGAACGUGAAAAACGACCUCAAGAUCACAGAGAUUAACUUUGUCAAUGAGGCCAUGUUCAAGGUUGAGGAUUACAAGAUGGAACUGACCGGCAGCCUGAAGGGAGUCUCUUCCGAAGAGGCCAAUUUCAAGCACACUUAUGAGAUCAGUUUUGCUGACAUGACCACCACUGCUAAGUGCAACACCAAUGGAAAAUAUGCACUCUCUCAGAUGACACAAACCGCUGACCUCGAGAUCGCUGGUCUGUCCACCAAGUUCAACAGUGUGGCUAGCAUCAACUCUCAAACUAUCCUGGGGACAGCACUGAACUUGGACAGCACUAUCAACAUUGUCGCUGAGCCAUUCAUGGUUGACAUUUCUGCCCUAUUCAACUCCAACGGAACUCCGAAUAUGUUCGGAAUUCAGAACAUUGAGCUGUUCAACCAGUUCCUGUUGAAGGCAGAGCCCCUAGCUUUCUCCCACUCCCACGAAUGCAAGGCCUCCACCACCCUCCAGCUGGAAAAUGGAGACUCUGUCAAGACCAACCUGGGCAACAAGAUCACCAGUCGUCUGACUCCUCAGGAGCAGUAUGCCUCAAUGAAGAUGACAUCCAAACUGAAUAACCAUGAAUUCAACCAAGAACUUAGCGCCUUGAACAAUGCUGAAACGAUGGGAAUGGAGAUGACAGGAGCUGUCUUCACCACCAUCUUGAACAAGGCCAGUGAAAACCAGGAAUAUGCCAUCUCUGGCUCCCUGAAGUACGAGAAGAAUGUUGACAGCCAUUUCAUUCAGCUGCCAUUCAUUGAGCAUCUCCCUGCAGUCAUUGAACAAGUCAAAAUUGCCACAAUGAUGACAAUGGAGAACAGCAAAGGCCUGCUGCUGGAUAUUGACACCAAAUACGAAAUUAGAGCCAAGAUCCAGGGGAAAGUGGGUGAACUGAAACAAGUUAUUGAGAGCUUCGACAUCAACCUGUUCAUUCAGGACCUGAAGAACUUCAUCAAUUCCAUUGAAAGCCACAUUCCCACACUGAUGGCCAAGAUUCCCACUGAAGAAAUCAUUAAUAUCCUUAAGUCAAUCAGGGACACUAUUAUGAGGUGGAUCAAGAAAAAUGACAUCGCUGGCAAGAUGAAUGGUAUUUACACCAAAAUUGAAGAGAUCCUGUCCAAUUAUGAGGUUGAAAAGAUGGUUGAGAACAUCAUGGAUGAGGUUGUCAUAAUCAUGAAGUCCUACCAGCUCAGAGAACACAUUCAGUCAGCAAGCAACGCUCUUAAGUCUAUUGAUAUCCAAGCCCUGCUGAACAAAAUCAUGACACAUGUGAAUGAGUUUGUAAAUGAACUGAAUGCCUUUGACUUCAAGCAAAUGGUAGACAACAUGAAUGUCUAUUUCGAUAGACUGACCGAGAAGAUCAGGUCUUUCGAUUAUAACACAUUCGCCGAGGAGCUGAAACAGAAAGUCAUCGAACUGAGCAGGGUCCCCUGUUUCGGAAAACUCAACGGAGAGUUCAGAGUCACCUCACCUGACUACAGCAUGAGCACCAAUGCUGAGUUCCGGAAUGCCACAACUACCAAAGUAACACCAGAGUUCUACAUUAUCCUCAAAUCUCAGGCCACUUCUACCUCUGAUCUGCUAGCCUAUACCCUGGAUGCCAAAGUUGAUAUUGCUGUGCCCAAGAUGAGCCACCUGUCUCUCUCUGAGAACAUCAAGAUCAUGCACACCACUUUCUCCAUGGACCACCAGGGAACAGUUGCCUUCUACGGCACAUCAGCCCAGGCUUCCUCCAAGACCAAUGCCAAGGCCACUACUGAGCCCUACACUGCCGAGCUGGUUAGCAAUGCCUUCUUCGACAUGGAGAAUGGAGUCUCUACCACACUGGAGACUACCUACAACCACAAGGUGAACCUGCCACUUCUCAACAUCUUCAGCGAGGCUGCCAUUACCCAGAAGGCAAUUGCCCUCCUGGAAGCUGGCAUUGUAACUCUGACUCUUACCAAUGAGGGUAACGGUAAAUCUGCCAUCCAGGAUUACUCAGAUGAAGGAACCCACAAGUACGACAUGCAGGUUGUCAUGAACCUCAACACUGUCAAACUGACCUUCACUGGGGCAACCGACACCAACAACCUGAAAAUAAAGCAGAAUGUGAAUGCUGAAGCCGUCAUUUUCAGUCACAUCCUCAUUGAAGCCAACGCUGAGACCAAAACUCCCUUCAUCAAGAGCAGUGUUGCUGAGUUGAAAGCAGAGGCUAAGGUGCAGAAUCUGAAAAUUGAGGUAACUGCCUCCUGCAACACAGAGCUGGUAGGCAAAGUUGAGGGAAUUAUUUCCAACUCAAUCAACUUCAUCGCUACACCCAAUGAGUUUGUGUUUGACACCAAGAACAAGGAAAACACCAAAGUUGCACUUCCCUUCAAGCUGACUGGAAAGAUUGAUCUUCAGAAUGACUUUGCCUUUACCCUCAACUCUAAAGUGCAGCAGGCUAGCUGGACUGGACUGGCACGAUUCAACCAGUACAAAUACUCACACUACUUCACAAUGGACAACAGUGAGCAGGAAAUCCACGUCUUCACCCAGAUCAAUGGAGAAGCGAACCUUGAUGCAUUGAGGGAGCCCAUCGCCAUUCCCAAGAGAGCUGUAGAAUUCAUUGGUAGGACUGAGUUCUCUCUGUGGGAGGACACCGGUCUGAGUGUGCUCUUGACCACACCUCAGCAGACCUUUGACAUGGACACCAAGCUCACAUACAAGAAGAACCCUGAGAUGAUCACCAUUGACAUUGACAUGGAGCCAAUCUUCAAUGCCAUCAACAAGCACACCAGGAGUCUGAACAAGAACAUGAUUGUUGGAAGGGACAAGGCUGUUGCCGUUCUCUCUACCUCAUUUGACCAGGCAAAGGCAGAGUACGAGAAAUACAACAUUGAGCUACCCAAAACUCUCACUGUUCCAGCAUACAAAGUUCCAGUGCUGAAUAUUGAAGUAUCUGGUUUCACGAUUCCCGUGCCCGACUUCAGUCUCAUCACAAUGCCUACUUUGCAUGUUCCAUCUGCUCUUAGCAAGCUGACCCUGCCAAAAAUAACUCUGCCCAAAAUGCAGAGCAACAUCAUGAUCCCUGUCUUCGGUGACCUGACCUACGAGUUCUCCAUGAAGACAGCUGUGCUGACAGUGAAGGCAAAUGCUGGUGUCCUCAAUCAGGAUGAUAUCAUUGUCCGAUUUGACGCUUCCUCCACCUCUGAGUUUGAUGCUCUGAAGGCCAAGAUUGAUGGUACCACCACCUUGAACAGGAACAAUGGAGUGAAACUGGCCUCUAUCCUGAAUUUGGAAGCCAUGUGUAUUGAGGGCAGCCAUGACAGCACCAUCAGCCUCAAUGGCGACGGUAUGGAUGCCUCAAUCACAAAUACAGCUAAGGUCAAUGUCCCUACCCUCUGGACUCUGGAAGUCAACCAGGAGGUCUUUGGAAAUGCGCAGGAUGGCCUCAUCAUCUCUGUGUCCUCUCCAAAUGCUGGACUCCUCGGACUCCAGCUGCAGGCCAAUAAACCAGUCCAAGUGAAAGGAAGAAUCUACGGCAGAUACCCGGUAAGACUCAUGUACAUUUCAAUGACUUCAUAAGCACUGUUUGCAAUGUGUUUAUGACAGCCAUGUAGAGCAUGUAACAAUGCUGUUUCACUCACCUAUUUCUGUUUCUGUUUUCAUUCUCUCAUGCAGUCUGAACCCACCACUGAUGUGGAGAUCAUGGGCCUGAAAAUGUCUGUGAUCAACUCUGAGAAGCUGAAAAUUCAGACCACCUGGAAUAUGGAGGUUCCCACUGAGAUGCUCCUGGUAGUGAAGGACAAGGUGCCUGAGAUCAUGUCAGCGGUUCGCAUGGAGGAUAUCCUGUCUGCUCCCCAGAAGAUGGCCAACAAACUUGAGGGUAGCAUGGAGCAGAUCACGGAUCAGGGCAAGGUCAUGUACAAGAGGGCUGCAGAAAACAUUGCAGCUAUGGACCUUACCGCCAUCACCGACAAGCUCUCUGACAGUGUCAUGUUCGUUCUCAGGCAGUACCAGAAGAACGUUCAGGUUUUGCUCGAUGCUGCCAUCAAGUUCCUGAGAGAGACCCAGUUCCAGAUGCCUGGACUUGAGGGAAAGAUGUCCGGUCUUGAGGCCUACCAGAAACUGAGUGGAUUCUUCGCUGAAUUUGUUGAGGAAGCUUUCAAGAAGGUUCCAGAAUUCUUCGCCUCCCACGGUGCCGCUCUCCUCGAACAGAUCAGAAACAUAAAAUUCACUCUUCCCGGCUCCAGCAACUUCAUCAGCGGGAGAGAAAUCCUAGAUGACCUGAUGGCCGCCAUUGAGAAGAUCCAGGAGCAGGUGAUCAUCAUUGUGAAGAGAGUCGGAGAUGUCCCUCUGGAGGAUAUUGUGAGCAGGCUGUCUGCAUUCCUGCGCUUAACCGUGGAGAAAUCCGAAGAGCUCAUUGUCUCCCUGAAAUCUCAGGAUGCGGAGAAACUCACCAUGUGGAUGAGUGACGUCUACAGCGAAGCCAUCAACUCCCGUGCCAUGUCUGAUAUUACACAGCAGAUCGAGGAAGCCAAGAGAAUCAUCAGAGAAUAUCGCGACCUCUUUGCUGAAAUGUCCAUUGAGCAGCUCAACGCUGACAUCCAGUCCUGGAUUGACUCCAUGAUUCAGAGCAUUAAUGCCAUCCACACCAAGGUCAUUGAGUUUCUUCAGGACAUUACCAGAAAUGCUGAGUCUUUUGUGACAGUGAGUGACAAACAGAUGGACAUUGAAAUUCCUAUUCCAUUCAUUGCUUGACAUGUAAAACAUAUACACCCAAUUCAUUGGCUUUCAACUUGCAAACAUAACUGUUAUUCUCACAUGUAGCCUAUUCAUAUUAUAAUUAAUUUCAAUGUCUUUUUUGUAAGUUACUAAUUUAGUUUAUUAUUCACAAGGAAAGACCGCAAACUUGACUAGUCUUAUUUUGCUCCCAAUGUGUCUUGUUCUUUUUUUAAACUUGAAAAGAAAAACAUGAAUAAAGACGAUUUGGACCGCAAAUGAUGAGAUAAAUGUUUUCUAUAUCACUCCCCACCCAUUCAUAACCUUGCAUCUAUCUUGCUUGGCCUCUAUCAAUAACAGUAACAGAGCAAGCCUGUGUUGUCUUAUCCUACAUAGUAAAUGGGUCCUUGGUGGGUCUCUCUGAUUUUGGUCAAAUACCUUAUAAAACAAAGCUCUUUAAUUAAAUUAAAUGUACUAUGAUAAUACACUAUUAUGUAGUUAAUGUACUUGAUCUAUUUAUAAAAAUAAUUAGCUAUGAUACAACAACUAUACAUUUUACUCAAAUGUUUUACUUCAACACAGUGCAAUACUUCAGUAGCCCUCAACGAGAUGCUGUGGCAGCCAAAAACCUAUUGAGUGUUUCCAAUGUCUCUAGUCUGAGAGAUAGGCCUAGUAUUCAUACACUAAAUAUGAGAAAGAAACUGAAUUAUUUCUUAAUAUGAGGGAUUAUACAGCCUGAUACAAACUUGUUCAAAAG